GCGGAUCAUUUCUGCCUCCAACCGAUUGCCGACGGAGAAUUAGAAAGUUCGAUCAUGGAAUCAUCCCGCUCGACGGGCGUCGCCGCCUUCUUCUUUUACUCUCUACUUUUUCUCAGGAUACGAGCGACAGCGUCCGUACACUCGGAAGGUCUAACUAGGGAGGCAUUUGCAAACGGAGACAUCGCCGCCGCGGCUGGCCAGUUCGCCGAGAUCGAUUCCUCGGUGGAGGAGCGGAUGGGGGAAGAAGGGGUCUGUUCGAAAGAGGACAUAUUGCUGUACCAGGGGGCGACGGCGCCGCUGCCUAACGGGAUACCGACGUACACGGUGCAGAUCCUGAACACGUGCGACGUCGGCGGGUGCGGCGUGGGCGACAUCCACGUGCGGUGCGGUUGGUUCAGCUCCGCCCGCCUCAUCAACCCCCGCGUCUUCCGGAGGCUUCGCUUCGACGACUGCCUCGUCAAUGACGGCACCGCCAUUGCGCCCGGCGGCUCCGUCUCCUUCCAGUACGCGAACUCCUAUCCCUACCCGCUCUCGGUUGCCUCUGGCGCCUGCGGAUGACCAACGGCCUGAACCGGCGGUCCCGUUGAUGCGUGCUUGAUAGGUAACCACGUGUACUUGUGGCAUGCAUCAUGCGUGCGUUGUAGACGUCUAAUUACUAAUACUAAUAAUUAAGUGUAUGAAAUUUCUGAAA